GAGAUCUCAAGCAGCAAGGUAGCUUUUGCAUUUAUGCUUGAAUGUCCAAUGGCAGACUGGGGCCUGCCGUCAUUCUUGGGGAAGCUUCAAGUUGGAGCUCGGUGGAAUUGGUUAAUUUCUGAACGGAGCUUAAAUUUUUGAAUCUCUAUAUCUGGGGUAGACAUUAGAGUUGAAACUUUCUGCUGCUUUCUCUGUCGUUUUACUUUCGCGAUCAUCGCAGCAUCAAGUGUGCCAGAAGUUUCUUUCUUGCUUUAUCCCGUCUAGUUACUCGUCAUGCGGUCCACCAUCUUCGCAACAGCUUUUGCAGCAUGUCUAAGACUCGCAUCUGCGAACCCGUGGGGUACUGCUCCCAAAGGACCUACAAACAACGGGAAGACAUGCACAGUCAAAGCUCUUGGAAACAACAAGGACGACACACCACAGAUCCUCGCAGCUUUUGAAAACUGCAAUAACGGAGGGACUGUUGUGUUUCCAGAAGGCGAGAACUACUGGAUUGCAACGAAAUUGAAUCCUGUAAUCUACGAUGUCACUGUUGAAUGGAAGGGCAUGUGGACUAUGUCCGAUGAUCUGAGCUACUGGAGAAACAAUUCGUACCCAAUUGCUUUCCAGAAUCACCAUGCUGGUUUUAUCAUCACGGGAGAACGGAUCUACAUCAACGGCUAUGGUACCGGAGGUAUUUUCGGGAACGGAAACGUCUGGUACAAUGCAGAAAAAGCUGUCACCCAACCGGGACGACCGAUGCCCUUUGUAUUCUGGAACGUGAGUGAUGUAUUUGUGGAACACUUCUACGUUAAAGAUCCACCCCUAUGGUCCCUGAACAUCAUGAACGGGACAAACAUGUGGUUUGAUGACAUAUUGUGCAAUGCUACAGCUGUAAACGCACCGUAUGGCACGAACUGGGUGCAGAAUACUGAUGGAUUUGACACGAUGGAUGCCCAUAAUAUUAUGCUCACAAACAUGGUGUACCAAGGAGGUGAUGAUUGCAUAGCUCUCAAGCCUCGCUCGUACAAUGUCUUUGUUCAAAAUAUCACUUGCCAUGGUGGAAAUGGCAUCGCAAUUGGUAGCUUGGGACAAUACCUUGAAGACUCUUCUGUGAUCAAUGUUCUUGUUAAAGAUGCUAACAUCCUCACCCAUAACAAUGAUAUGGAAAACGGAGCCUACAUCAAAACCUGGGUAGGAGCCCUCGUCCCCCAAACCUCCUACGAAUCCGACUACCUCCCCCGCGGCGGCGGUUGGGGGGUCGUACAAAACGUGCGCUUCGAAAACUUCCUCGUGGAAGGAGCCUCCAUCGGGGCUGCCAUCACCGAGUCCUCCGGCAACAACGGCUCCUACUCCGGCACCUCCCUGAUGGAAAUAACCAACAUCGCCUUCGUGAACUUCACGGGCUACACGACGUCCACUUCGCGGAGCGCGGAGGUGAGUUGCUCGAACGUGGUACCGUGCUAUAAUGUUGCAUUUCAGAAUUUCAGUUUGAGUCUAGGGUCCAAUGGGACGGCUGAGGGGGCUACCGGGACGUGUAGCUAUAUUGAGGAGGGCGGUGUGAGGGGGUUGGCUGGGAGUGGGUGUUGAGAGAGUGUCUAUUCUGGGUACAUAUACAUCCAUUCAGAUGUAUUUUGUUCGUUUCAUCACGGGAAUAUAGUGAUACGAGCA